AAAAUUGUCCCCGUCCUUUUCAUUUUCAACAAAAAAACGCUAAACCAUCAUCGUACUCGUUGUUGGUUUCGGCGCCAAAAAAACUCAUAUAACGCGAAAACCUGCUUCUAAUUACAAUUAAUAGAAGUUUCUCCCAAGUUUUUCAAGUGUUUUUGUAUUUUUCCCACAAUCGCCGCACACCUGUUUUUUGAUACUCAAAUGGAAACAAUGGAAAUCACUCCGGUAACCAAUCACGUCACAAAAGACGAAAAAAUGGAAGAUGUCCCAGCUGAAGAAAUGACUUCAAGGGACUACUAUUUCGAUUCCUAUGCUCAUUUCGGAAUUCACGAGGAAAUGUUGAAGGACGAAGUCCGAACUCUUACCUAUAGGAAUUCAAUGUACCACAAUAAGCAUCUUUUCAAUGGCAAAAUUGUCAUGGACAUAGGUUGUGGUACUGGUAUUUUGAGUAUGUUUGCUGCUAAAGCUGGCGCUAAGAAGGUAAUUGCUGUGGAGUGCUCCAACAUUGUAGAAUAUGCAAGGACUAUUGUGGAAGCUAAUAAGUUAGAUCACAUCAUCACUAUUAUCAAGGGUAAAGUAGAAGAAAUCACUCUUCCUGAUGGCAUUGAAAAGGUGGAUAUUAUUAUAUCAGAAUGGAUGGGUUAUUGCUUGUUUUAUGAAAGCAUGUUGGAUACAGUUCUUUUCGCUAGAGACAAAUGGCUAAAACCAGACGGUUUACUCUUCCCUGAUAGAUGUUCUUUGUUCAUCACUGCUAUUGAAGACCGUCAAUACAAAGAUGAAAAAAUUAAUUGGUGGGAUGACGUUUAUGGUUUCGAUAUGAGUUCAAUUAGAAAGGUGGCAAUUAGUGAACCUUUAGUCGACGUUGUAGACCCUAAACAAGUGGUUACGAGUCCUGCUUUGGUCAAAGAAGUGGACCUCUAUACAGUGAAAAAACAAGACUUGGAUUUCUCAUCGAACUUCACAUUGGGCGUCAGAAGAAACGACUACGUUCAAGCUUUAGUCACUUAUUUCACUGUGGAAUUUACAAAAUGCCACAAACGAAUUGGGUUUACUACAGCUCCCGAUGCUCCUUAUACUCAUUGGAAACAAACAGUUUUCUAUUUUGAGGAUUACAUGACUGUGCAGAAAGGCGAAGAGGUUCACGGUACUUUUACCAUGAAACCCAACAUGAGAAACAACAGGGAUUUGGACUUUUCUAUUAAGUUAGACUUUAAAGGGGAGCUGUGUGAAGUUCACGAAGAGAACCGGUACAGAAUGCGUUAGAAUAUGCUUCAGAAACCAAGAUUAUAAUAUUAAUAAUAUUUAAAUGAUUCCAUAAUUGUCCUUUUUUUUUUUUGAAUUAAUUCUGAUAAAAAUACCAGAAAACCUAUCAAUUUUUGUGGAGAUUAUCGCUCAGUGUGAUGUUGGAAAACAAAGUUUUGAGUUUAUUGAUCUGUAUUAUCUAUAAUCCGAUUCCGUUUUUAUUUUUUUAAUAAGUUUAGGUACCUGCUUGUAUUAAAUUUAUGUUACAUACAUGAGUGAGUACUGAUUAAAAUUUUGAGAAACAA